UGGUCAUGUGCCUGUCAGAGAGGGAGAGAGAGAAUCGGUUACACAUCAUCCUCGUUUGUUAAGGGCGUGAUGCGAGCGAACGCGCUACGUCCAUUGGCUCAGAAAACGACCAAUCAGUGUCAGCGGAGGAACUUCAGAGUGGAACUGCGGGGUUAGGAUUUCAGAGUUGGGAGAGCGAUUUUGGCACUUACACAAAGAGGACGGUCAUCUGUCCUCCUAAAAGGCUAUCCGUGCUUCUUUUUUUUUCUACAUGUCUCUCCUUUUAAACUCUCUCUUCUGAGUAACAAUACGACGCGUGAGAGGCUUCGGGAUGUACACGGCCGGGAUCAACCCGUUUUACGCAUCAAAUUUUAGCCUCUGGUCUGCGUACUGCGCAGGGGGCUUCGCUGUGGAUACAAUGAAGAAACCCUCGUUUUGCAUCGCAGAUAUUUUGCAGGCUGGAGAUGCGGAGAACAUCCCGGGAUCUUCCGCGCUCAUGGUGCACAUGGGACACCACCACCGCGCUCAGCAGGGCCACUCCGGCAGCUCUCCGCUGCGCCCUUCUCCCGUCGCGCCGGAGCCGUCGGUGUACGGUGCCAGGAUGAGUCCGGCGUCUCCGUACCACAGACACGGACUACAACUAACCUCGGUCUCCAGAACAGCGUACAACUCCCAACAAGCCCCCCCGCCUUCAAGCAAAGACCUCAAAUUUGGAAUUGAUCGGAUACUGUCAACAGACUUUGAUCCAAAAUGCAAAGAAAAGUCGUCGCUAAGAGAUCUCACGUCCAUCGUUAGCUCGAACCGUCAGUCAGGCAUCCACAUCCCCGUUCAGCCUCCGGCCAGCCAGUACUUCUCCUCCAUAGACCCCGGGAUGAGCGACGCGUCCUCCAUGAUGAGUUCACUAGGCAGCAGCAGCAGCAGACACUCAGGCCAGCAUCAGUUUCAGGACACCUUCCCAGGUCCAUACGCCGUCCUCACAAAAGACACAAUGCCUCAGACGUACAAGAGGAAAAGGUCGUGGUCGAGGGCAGUGUUUUCAAACCUGCAGAGAAAAGGCCUCGAGAAGAGAUUCGAAAUACAGAAGUAUGUCACCAAGCCAGACAGAAAACAGCUGGCUGCGAUGCUGGGACUCACAGACGCUCAGGUGAAAGUGUGGUUCCAAAACAGACGCAUGAAGUGGAGGCACUCCAAGGAGGCCCAGGCUCAGAAAGACAAGGAGAAGGAGGAGAAGCCGGAGAAAGGUCUGUCCGAGGCCGGCGGCAGGGAGCCCAAAGAGCCGCUGGAGUCCGAGUGUGAGAGCGAGGGAAGGAGCGAGUGCGAAUCCGACGAGGCCGACGAGGAGAGCGCUGACGGACAUUUGGACGUUUCCGAGCACAAUAAAACCAGCGUGAUCAUGAGCGGGAGCGCGCCGGCCGGCAGCGCGGACGCGGCCGCGGUCACGGCCACGGACACAGCGGCCUCACAGGUGUUAAUAUGAAGGCUAAUGAGUCCACGCUGGUCCCACGAACAAUGAGAUGUUUUUAUUAUUUUUUCACAGAAGAACGACAGUGACCGGACAUGCCAGGAGACUGUAGCAAUAAAAAACAGGUCGGUUUAAUACCUGGGGAGAAAUGGAGCGAAGAGACUCUUUUCUUUUUUUAUUCGCUCAUUAGCUCAAACACACGCUCCAGAAUAAAUUGUACAUUUUAUUAGAUUUUGUCUCCAUUUUUUUUCCGUCUUGUCCAGUAAUAAUAAUAAUAAUAAUAUAAAAAAAAAACAAUACUUCCGGCCUCUUUUGGUGUCUCCUUACUGUCGUUUACAGAGAGCUUCUGUGUGCAUGGUGUGUUUUCCUCACCCGAAGGAAAACCUGCGGUUGUGAAAUUUUUAUUUUGUAGGUUAUGAACCACUCGUUAAUGAAAUCUCAGAACAUCACGGCAGUGUUCAUGUAAUGUUUUUUAUUUUGUAUGUAGUUGUGCUAUUUUUGUUAAUAAUAAUUUGCACUGAAAAUACUGUAAAUAAAAAAUUCUUACUCUGAA